UGUUGAUCGUUGAUUCACUUCACACAAAACUCAGUCCAAGCCCGAUUUCCGCGGUGAAAAUACCAAUCCGGGGGCUCGACCUAGAGUUUUUCAUUUUCCCAUGGGUCUCCACUAGCGGAAAAUAACGUCGUCGAGCGGAAUCGUGUGCAGCGGCCGAGCGAGAAAAAAAAAGAACAACAAAAAGAUUAUAGUCUCGCAGCUGACGCGAUUUUGCUUAAAAAAAUAACGGUACUCGUGAAUCGACUUGUAAUUUAUCCGUGUCCCAUUCAUUCAUUGGUCGAUACAGCUAGCUUAAGCACGUGACAUCGAUUUUUUUUAGAGAGAAAAUUUUUGUUUUUUUGGGGAAAAAUUGCCCUGCCCAUUAAAGUUUCCAGGUGGCUUUGACUUUGAACAAGUGAAAGUGACCUGACAGUUCUUAACAGUAGUCAUAUAAGUGACUCCUCCCACUAUUCAAUACAUAUUUCAAUUAUUCGUCCCCCGUGGGUACCAACGGCGUCGUGCAGGACAACAUGAGUUUGAACACCCUCCUGGAGGCGGCGAAAUUCCUGGAAAUGCAGGAACAAAUACAGCACAGGACCACUGCCUUGGAUCCUGCAGGUUCCACGACUACCACAAUUCGACCAGUGACGCAGGCGGUCAACGGGGGAACCACACACGUGCAAAACGGGACCAGCGGAGCUGUACAAACUUUUACACUACAACCGGUCAAGCUAUUAAAUUCCUCUACAACAACUCCAAACAUCGGGCAGGGCCAACAACAGCAACAAACUCAAACCGUUGUUAUUUCCAGUAACAAUAUAUCUUCAACUUUUCUACAGGGUGUGCAAGGUCCAAUUUCGUUCGCCACCGCUUUACCAACGACAGACAGUACCUCUCCACAAGACAGCCAUCAUAAUGGUACCGCGCAAUCGAAAAAAGAACAAGACGGACACAUUUCCAGUACCACCGUGUCGCAAAAUCAACGACACAGGGCCAUACAUAAUUCCUUUGACAUUAUGAAUCCUUUGGUGAUAGAUGAAGAAGGGCCGGCGGAAUCGAAAAAACUUAAACAACCGCCUUUGGUAUUUCGAGCUGGUACUAGAGAGGUUCACAAUAAAUUAGAAAAGCAUCGGAGAGCUCAUUUGAAGGAAUGCUUCGACAUAUUAAAGAAACAAUUACCAGCUAACGGUGAUGAAAAGAAAACUUCAAAUUUAAGUAUUUUACAUUCAGCAUUAAAGUAUAUUCAAAUAUUGAAACGGCGAGAAAGGGACUACGAGCAUGAAAUGGAGAGGCUGGCCCGCGAAAAAAUCACCCACCAGCAACGUUUAGCCACACUAAAAAAAGACAGUCAUUUUGACAAUGUGGAUUUUUCCAAACUAAUUCCAGAAAUUCCUUCAAGUACCACCAGUAUCACGCAAAAUGGCGGCAAAAUAGAAUACAUGGCCUCUAGUCCUAGUCCAAGUUGUUCUUCAAUGAGUCCCACCUACACAAUUGUAGAACCAAUGAAAAUAGCCACCUCCGACGAAGUAUAUUGUGAAGCUAGUGAGAUGGACGAUUUGGCAACAGUGAUGCCAUGUGCCAGUCUCGGCGGCAACGUGGUCAGUAUGGCCAGUCCGGGACUGGUGACUGUAGCGGCAAAUUGCGGCAGUACGGCGCUGACCUUGUCCAGUAGUUCCAGUAGUCCCGCUGUGAUAACCCAGAAGAAUUCUGUGAUAACCUCUGCUACUACCGUCAACGGGGAGAGCAAAAUAUCCAUUCCGAUUUUGGGCAAGUCGUUGUCCAGUGCUACUGUGCCAACUGGCACCAAAGAGUUAACUCAACCAGUACAAACCGCAGGCAUCUCGGUCCUUCCCAUGCCCUAUCAAGUGAACCAGGGGCUGGUUUUGCAAAAGGUCGCCAUCAUGCCUCACAAAGGAUUAACGGAUUUGGCGCCGCUGAUGUCCACCCAUUUUAUAACUACUCCGCAACAAUUAAAUGGUAUCAACGGUCAAAUCAACGGAAAAGUAGUGCCUUUAACCAUGGUGGUGGUCAGUACCGCAAGUCCACGCCCUGGAAGCUAGUACCAUUCAUUCUAAAGCAACAAGAUACCUUAUUUUUGGGGAAGUUAAAACUGGCGAUUCUUUUUUUUUUAUAUUUAUUUAUUAUAAUUUUUAAAGGAACAUUUUCACAAUAGUUCAGGUGUCUAAAAAUUAAUUGUUCAAAAUAAUUCAAUGGUAUUUUUUCUAGUCAUUGGUGCAGAUAAAAAUCACAUACAUAGGUACACCUGAAUGUGAAAGUGUUCCAUUUUCUUUUCUUUUUUUAUGGAAGUGGGGAUCAGAAAACAAGCAAAUAACAAACAAAAAAAAAAAGUGAUAUUGUACUUUAGAGGAAAUUAUUUUUCAAAAGACUUAUUUAUUUAUUGUUUCUUCUAAGUAUCUAUACAAUUUUUAUUAUUUAUUUAUUUUUUUUUUCUCUUCUUUUUAUUGAUUAAUUUUUUUGGUAAUUUUUGUGCUACAUCAUGAUCUUCCAAACAAACAAAAAUUUCCAAAAAUGGUAAAUCGAAAAUAAUGGACUGCUACAAAAGUAUAAUCAAAAGAUUCAAAAUUUUGUAAAUACAUUUCAAAAUGUAGAAUACUUUUAUCUUUGUUAAAAGCAUCCAUUAUUGUGGAUGUCAAAAAUCGGUUAAUUUUUUUCCAAUACUUAUACAUCAGAUGUAUAUAGUAGAGGGAGUAUGUUAAGUUUUAUUCAAAUUAUAAGUUGAUUACAGUUGUUUUACAAUAAAUUCAAUUACUAUUCAAUCAAACAUCUUGUGCAAUUUUAGCAUGAUCCUUUAAAACCUCACAAGAAUGUAUUAUAGAGUACGUCCAUAGAUAGUUUUAGUAUAAAUUUAUGAGGAACAGUCGAGAAUACAUAGUUUCAAAAAACUAAUGAAAAACACAGUAAGUUUAUAUAUUUGAUCUCGUGAAAAAUCAGCUAUGGACAUACUCUAUUUUCAAGUAAAGUAACAAAAAUUCCUCUUAAUUUCACAAUGGGCACCAAUUUAAAAUUUCAUUACCGAGCCCACACCUAUAUUAGCUUAUAUUUCUUGAUUAUUCCUUAAUAAGUGAUAUAGAUCUCUUUUAUUUUUUUAAUGUUGUGUUUAUUACAUAAGUAUCGAUGUAAGGCCUUUGACAAAUCGGACUUUUGAUACUUCACACUAUAAAAUAUACCAGGGAUUUGAAUAAUACCCUGCAGAAUAUAUUUAGAAAGAAAUUCUUUCUUAAAGAGGCUAGUUUUUCAUUAAGCAAAAUUAUUAUUUUUCUACAACAAAAAAAUCCAGCUAAAGUGAACCAAAACUAUUUAAUUUUAAUGUGAUAGAGGCAUUUUGAAAGCUAGCCUCAUCCAUCCAAGCAAAAUUCCCAGUGUAAUGUGAAGUGCCUCAAAAUCUAUCCUGCCAAAGGUCCAAAAGUCCAAAAAAAAAAUCCAAUUCUAGUUGUAAGAUUUAAAAAAAAUUAUUGUUUAUUAUUCUAUUUAAUUUUUAAGUAAAUCGGGUACAAGAUGAAACUAUCAAUAUCAUUACAAAACGUCUUUCAAUUAAAUUUUCCACAAUCGAAAUUUUCCUUGAACCAAAAAUCGACCAAAAUUCUUGUACCCGAUUUCGGCAAACAAACAUGGACUGGUAUGUAAAACAUUUUUAUGUGUGAGUGUUAGAGAAAGAUUUAAUAAUAUAUUAUAUUGUACAUAGUUUAGUUUUUAACACACUGGGUGUAAAUAGGUCACUUUUGUAAAUAAUUAUAUUUCUAUGUACAAAAAAAAAAUCCUUUAGUAGAACGGUUUAUUGUAAAUAUAUUUAAAACAAAAUCUCAGUUAUAUUGAGGACAAUGUACUAUUUAAAAAAUGAAUAGAGAAGUCGACAAAA